AGCACAGAUUCUCCUCAGAGUCCCAGCAUUGAAAUCCCAGCUGAUCUGAAGGAGAAGACGUCUGUCUCCAUCACCUGCUCGGCUCCCACUCCCUGUCCUCACUCCCCUCCUGAACUCACCUGGAAUCUCCAAGCAGACUCUCAGAGACAAACGGAGACAAACACAGAUGGAAGCUUUACAACUAAAAUCCAGAAGACCAUCACUCUGUCAGACACUCAUGAUGGAUUCACCAUCAGAUGUUCUGCCAGAUAUCCUGUGAAUGAAGGACCACCAAAGACAGCAGAGACACUAAAGACUCUCAGUGUUUCAUAUGCUCCUAAGGACACCUCAGCAUCCAUCAGUCCAUCAGCUUCAGUGUCUGCAGGUAACUGUGUGAAGAUGACCUGUUCCAGCAGAGCUAAACCUGCUGUCAUCAACUUCAGCUGGUUCAGGAGCAGCAAAGAUGGAGACCAUAAAGUAGCUGAAGGAGAAUCUUACAGCCUGAAUCCAGCAGAAGGAGGAGCUUUUUACUGUGUGGCUACAAAUGAUCAGGGGAACCAGACGUCUUCAAAGAUUGAGCUGAUAGUUGAAGGUAAAUGGAGAAAUGGUUUUUGA